GAGUCAGUGUGUACGGCGGCCGGGUCCUCCGUGGCGCGUCUUGUAGUGAGUGGCGAAUUUUCCUCCAUUUUUCCCUCUUUAGCGUCCCUCCCUCGUGUCUCUGGAGUCUAUACCGAAGUGCUGUCAUGAAAAUGUUGAACAGACGGUCGUUACCCCCAUAACACCCGGUGCAGCAAGCCUUUGGAGGUGUAGUGAUGGGGCAGGAUGAAUGGGGAGCCGAACACCAAUCCACAAGUGCCCGUCACCACCCUAGCGGGCAUCGCCAGUCUCACCCAAUUACUACCUGAGCUGCCGCUUCCCUCGUCCUCGGUGGGCCUCGGGGACUCCCGGUCUCUGCUGUUCCACCCGAGAGUAGCUGAGGAGGCCCAGCGGCUCCUAGCGUGCCAGGACCCGGACUUGGUGCAGCAGCUGGCCAACUCCCUCGCCCGCACCCACGCCGACCACAUACAACUGAAGGAGCAAUAUGCUGGCACAGAGCAUGCUGUGGAGGUGAAGACAGCACCACCGCUGCUUGAGGGAAUCCUGCGUUGUAAGCCCGCUGUGUUUACUGGCAAGCCAGCAGGAGGCGGUGAGGCUGUAGGAGGAGCAAGUAUCAAGACCGAGGCUGGAGUCCACUCUCCCCCGAACAGUGUGUUGGCCAAGCCGGCCAAGCAUAUCAACAAUGUGUCAGUAAUUCAGUGUGGCCCAGCGCUGGCUAAUGCUGCUCAGGUCAAGGUGAAGUGUGAGCCUGGGGGCUUGCCUCCCCCUAUACCCCCCCCUGGGGAGCUCACUGCUCUUCAACCCCAAGAGACCCCACCAGAUAAGGCCCUGGCCAAGCCUAGCAACGAGGAGGCCCAGGCUGUGGCAGGCCAGAAGGAGCUGGAGGGCCGUCUGAAGCUUCAGGCGGAGGAGCCUCUCAGCCAGCUGCCUGGAGCGCCGGGUGACGCCAGCAAGGAGGAGAAGAAGCCUGACGUCUGGCUGGCCAAUGUGGCGCCUCAGAAGGAAAAGGAAGCCUCCAACCACGCCCAGGACGCCAAGCCUAAAGGAAGUAAGGACCAUGCUUUCCUUGCUGUGGGGAAGAUGAAGGAGCCGGUUGUGGUCCUCAACAAGCUCUCCUCGGAGGAGCUUGAGUCAAUAUCCUGCACACCCAAACUGUCUGGGGUGUCAAGUAAUGUUAAGACAGACAGACAUGUUGACAGCUCCAAGAACAGCAGCAGCACCAGUGCUGGCAGCAGCUCCAGAAGAUCUCGGGGCUCCCGAGAGGCUAGCAAGUACAAAGAAAUGAGCUCAGAUUCUGAGUCUGAGGAGGAGGACAAGAAGAAGCCAAAUAAGUAUUUCAAGAACCGUGAGAAGGAGCGGGAAGAGAAGCGACGGAAAGAUAAAGCUGACCGCAAGCGUAACAGGGCCAAUUCUGAUGAGGAUGAGUACAACCCCGCGCAGGAGGCCAAGAAAAGGAGGAAAGGGGACAUCCAGGACGAUGAUGAAGAUGAGGGGGACGACUCUGAUUAUGAGGGGGCGGCGGUGCCGGCACCCAAGCAGACCCAAAGUAACAGAAGAGCACCGCCUGCUGCCAUCCCAAAGAAGUCAUACACCAACAAACGCAUUGAGCGCAAGCUGAUGGCCCAUACGGAGAAGCUGUCUCCAGAGGAGCUAAUGGAGAGUGGGGUGUACCAGCGAUUCAACCGCGCUGUGGAGAAAAUCUUUGACAACACCGAGGACCUUGAUGUCACUGCAGAAAUUGAGGAGGAUGGAGAUGUUCCUCAGGAGUACCUCAUCCCCAAGUAUGAGCUGGCAGACCUUUGUUCUGAGGCAGCCAAGCUCAAGAGCCUCGGGGCCAUGGCCAUCGUGCCGCCAGAGAGGCUGGUCAGACUCCUCAACAUCCUUGAGAAAAACAUCCGUGACGGGGGCAAGGUCACACCCAUCGUGGAUGAGGAUGAUGAUGAUGAUGACAAACUGUGGGUGGAGCUGGUGAUGGAGCGCAUCCUUCGGGGGAUGGACGCCUCCCUCACUGCCAUGUACAUCAUGACGGCCAAUAACAUGAGCAAGCGGGUCUACUUGGAGGAUGUCAUUGAGCGCUGCGUCCAGUUCACCAAGUUUCAACUCUCCAACACCAUUUACCCAUCCUUUGAUCCUGUCUACAGGAUAGACAGUAAAAAAGAUGGUUUUGUGGGCAAUAUAAAGCGGAAACGAGCCCAGUGUAAGGAUGUGAGAAACAGGAGCAUCUUGGGUCUGUACAACAAGCUGCAUGAGGUUGUUGGCUUGCUGGCAGACCUGCUCAGUAUACAGACCCUCACAGACACCACAGUGCUGCAACUCUCAACACUUGGGGUUUGCCCGUUUUUUGUUGAGAAUGUUUCUGAACUCCAGCUGUCUGCCCUCAGGCUGGUCACCAAGGUGUUUGCCAAGUACAACAAGCACCGCCGCUUACUGCUGGAUGAUAUUCUGGCAUCUAUAGCACGUUUGCCAAACAGCAAGCGUAGUUUGAGAACUUACCGAUUGAACUCUGAUGAGAAUGUUCAGAUGUUGACAGCCUUAGUGUUACAGUUGAUACAGUGUGUUGUUGAACUCCCCGAGGAGCUGGCACAGAGUACUGGUCGUAAAAGUGCAAGUGAGAGUGUCAAUAGUCAGAAUCCCAAAGAUAAAGACGCCAAAGUGCCCGAGGCGCGGAAAGAGCUGACGGUCGACCGCGAGGUGCUGGUGUGCAACAGGUAUGAGACAGCCAUGAGCACUGCCUACAGCUUCCUCUCAGUGUUCUUGCAGAAAACAGGAAGCAAGAGUGAAGAAAUAGACUAUCGGCCACUCUUCGAAAACUUUGUGCAGGACCUCUUGGCAACUGUAAAUAAACCUGAGUGGCCUGCUGCUGAGCUCCUCCUCUCCCUUCUCGGCAAGCUUCUAGUACAAAAAUUUAGUAACAAGAACACAGACAUGGCCCUGCGUGUGUCCUCCCUAGACUGCCUGGGGGUGGUGGCAGCCAAGCUCCGGCGUGAUGCAGUGUCUUCGCAACUUGAGUUGGAAAACAUUGAUGCCAUUAUUAGGGAAGUAAAGGAGGAGGAGAACAGGGAUGCCCCCAUGUUAGAGGAUGGCUCUGCACCCACUGAGAAUGGUACAGCAGGUGCUCCAUCAUCCAAGAAGAACAAGAAGAAGAAGAGCCAGGCAGAUAAGCUGAGGGACGGGGACGGGCCCUAUGACGAGGAGGAGGAGCGCACCAUGUUCCUCCAGCGGGUGCUCCUUGACUGGCUGGCAGUCAACUCCAGCAGUGAAACAGCACUCCUCCACGCCCGGCACUUCUGUAUUGGCCAGUGGUACCGUGAGGCCUACACUGAGAUCAUGCGGCAAAAACAGGGGCUGCUGCCCCAGCCCAGAGGUAGUAAGUCUGGCAGCCACAACAAGAGGAAGAGAAAGAGGAAAGAUGACAGUGAAGAUGAGACCAGUGAUGAUACAGAUGAUGAUGAGGAGGAGGGAGGAAAGAAGGGGGGGCAGGUGGUGGAUGAGGCCUUGGCAGCAGAGGUAACUCAGUUGGUUGAGAAGAGAAAGACUUUCCUCCUCACUAAGGUCCCUGCCUUCCCCCCAGCCUCCCCUGGUGCCAAGACUCAGACUCUCCAGACUCACAUUGGUUAUCAGAAUGCAGAGCUCAUCACCAAGUACUUGGCCUCCAAAAGACCAUUCUCCCAGAGCUUUGACCUGUAUCUCAAGCAGAUUCUUCGGGUGUUGACUGAAUCCGCAAUUGCUGUGCGCACCAAGGCCAUGAAGUGCCUGACCAUGGUCGUGGAAGCAGACCCUGGUGUGCUCUCAAGGAAGGACAUGCAGCUUGGCGUUCACCAUUCCUUCCUUGACCACUCCACCUCUGUCAGGGAAGCAGCAGUUGACUUGGUGGGGAAGUUUGUUCUUUCACGGCCUGAGGUCCUCACCACUUACUACGACAUGAUUUCAGCAAGGAUCCUGGAUACUGGUGUAAGUGUAAGGAAAAGAGUCAUCAAGAUUCUGAAGGACAUCUGCCUGGAAUGUCCAGACUUUGCCAAGAUACCAGAGAUCUGCGUCAAAAUGAUCCGAAGAAUCAACGAUGAGGAGGGCAUCAAAAAACUAGUACAGGAGGUCUUCCAGAAUAUGUGGUUCACUCCUGUGAGAGAUCGUCCUCAUCUGGAGGAGGAAGCACUGUUGAGGAAGGUGAACAAUAUCACAGAGGUGGUGGUAGCCUGCAGAGACACUGGCCUUGACUGGUUUGAACAACUGCUGCAAAGUAUGUUCAAGCCACGUGAGGACAAGGAAGAUGUAACGAAAGUGGUCAGCGAGCCCCCAAAGUCCCUGGUGACGGCGUGCAAGCAGAUAGUGGACUGCCUGGUGCGCCACAUCCUGGUGCUGGAGGAGGAUGGACAGAACGCCACCGGUCCGCAGCCCCGCACCACCACGCAGCGCAUUCUGGCCUGCCACAAGACACUCUACCUGUUCGCCAAAAUCCGUCCCCAGCUCCUGGUGGAUCACGCGAUAACACUUCAGCCUUACCUCGCGUGGAGAUGCCAGACCCAGGUAGACUACACCAUGAUAGGGGUUGUGGCUCGCACCUUGGAGCUUGUGGUGCCCCUGAUGGAGCACCCAAGUGAGACCUUCCUGGCACAGCUGGAGGAAGACGCCGUGAAACUCAUCCUCCAACACGACCGCACCGUCAUUACUUCCUGCCUGGCGCUGCUUGGCUCCAUAGUCAACACAGUCACAAAGAAUUACAGGCUCAUCAAAGAUUGCUUUAACAGGUACCACACCUUCAUUGUAGAUUAUAAAAAGUAUAGUGAGGACAACCCGCAAUGCCCCAAGCUAGAGACCCACAAGCCACUGUUCAGAAGAUCUCUCUACACCAUUGGUCUGUUACUGAAGCACUUCGACCUCAAGGAUGAAACCGUCAGGUGUGGCUUGCCGGAGGGGAUCACCGAUCAAGUCUUCGACACGCUGAUGUUCUUCAUGGACCACCCGGACACCAACAUCCGCCACUACACCCUUCAGGCGCUGGGCUUUGUGUGCAUCCGGCACUACGAGCUGAUGAUGGGCACCCGUCUCAAGACACUCUACCACACAUUGCUGCUUGACCCGUCCAUCAACACCACCCUGCGCAUCCAGACCCUCCAGAACAUCGAAACCUACCUACAGGAGGAGGAAGUGCGCAUGAUCAAGCAGGACCAAGAGUGGGCUAAACAAAAAAAUCGGGAAAACCUGAAGGAGAUGUGUGAUCUUCAGUCUGGCAUGGCAUCAGCAAUCAUUCAAAUCUACUUAAAACAAGUGCUGGAGUGUGUGGUGGCCGGGUGCAUGGUGGUGCGACACUCAGCGCUGCGGGUCAUUCAGCUGGUGUUGGCGCAGGGCCUGGUGCACCCCGUCCAGAUUGUGCCCUACCUGGUGUGCAUGUCAACCGACACCGAGGAGGUGAUAGCGCACUCAGCAGACAAGCAGCUGCAGGACAUCGAGAAGAAGUACCCGGGCUUUAUUGGGAUGAAGGCCAUGCAGGGAUUCCGGCUGUCCUACCGCCUCCACUCCCUCAUUCAGACCUCCACACCCACCAGAGGCUUCCGCACCAAGGAGGGGGAGCAGCCAGGGGCGCUUAAUGGCUUCCUGUACUCUGUCAUGCGCUCCACCAAGCAGCACCGCAGAGCUGUCGCCUUCUCCCUCCUCAAGCAGUUUGAAGAGCAGGCGAGAACCAGCCUUGCAGAGCUGCUCUUCAUCACCGACAACUUGGCCUACUUCCCCUACCAGGUGUUGGAUGAGCCGCUCUUCAUCAUCCACCACAUAGACAUCAUGAUUUCGGUGACGGGCGCCAACCUUCUCCAGUCUUUCAAAGAGUCUCUGCUGCCCCCGCCCAAUGCUGAGGUGAAGAUCAACCCUGAGACUGGUCAGCCCGAGUAUGUGGACGACCUUGAAGAUGAGGAGGACGUGGAGGUGUACCUGAGCCGCAUGCCCCCUAACCUGACGCCGCUGGUUGAGUGCAUCAAUGCCUCACAGGGCUGCCUCCUCCUCCUCAUGCUCAAGGACUACCUGAAGGAGAUCUACGGCAUCACUGACGGGAGGAUCAACCAGUACUCUCCAUCAGACACCUCCAAGCAGUAUGAGAAGAGUGUCUCCAAGAAGAGUACAGCCAAGUUUAACCCAAAGCCAAUUCUGAAGAGGCUGAAGGAGGAGCCUGAGCAGGACCUGGAGAAUGCUGAGGAUCUCAGACCAAAGAUUGACCUCGUUAACCAAUACCUCAAUUUCAAGGCCCUGAUGUUGAAGAUCGAUCCAGAUGAUGAUGAUGACUCAGAUCUUGAAGUGGUCAAGAAGCCAUUCCACAAUGACGCCCACUCCUCCAUGCCCCCCAACACACGUAACCUCAGAGGUAACCAGCAGCACACUCCUGAUGUUGCCUGUCUACCUGGCACUCACGAUGGAUGGAAGGACCAGCCGAAAGGGACUGAGAUGAACUCCACAGUGCCCCUCAACGCCAUUGGUGCCGUGCCAGGAGAGCUCCUGCCCCAUGGUGCUGCACCGCCACAGCCUCCACCACCGCCACAGCACCAGUCCCCCAUUAAGCCCAUCACCAUCAGGGCGUCCCAAGUGGUGCCUGCAAGGGAACACCGUUCCUCGCACCACCACCAUCACCACCACCACCACCGCUCCUCAUCCCACAAAUCUUCCAGCCACAAAAAGCACAAGAAGAAAAAGAGGAGAAAGAGGACAAGCGACUCAGAGGAUGAUGAGAGCGAUUACAGUGACCCCGAUUUCCUCGUAUAGUAGUGACUUGAGUCUGUGGUGACCCGUGGCAGGCAGACAGUCAGGCAGAGUGCAUUGUGGACAGGACCAGAGAGCACACAGCAUCUGCUCUGUUUUUGCUGCCACUGUCGCUGGGGAUUGUGUGUGAGUGCGUGUGCGUGUGUUCACGUGUGUGCGUGAAGCUUGGAGGGAAGCGUAGAUAAAGUUGAUCCUUAGUGAUGCUGAAGUGACCUUUAUACAAAAGAAAGUUUUAAUAAGAAUACAAGAGGAAUGAGAAUAGAUAUUUUUUAUUCCAAGCAAUACUAUAGGUAAGGGAGUUAUUUUGCAUUAAUGAAUGCACAGAUGCAACUUCUCUAUUGUAAUACCUCUGAUGAAAUUCGGCGGCAACUAUUAUCGGACUGACGAAUCGGACAUGGGGUUUCUCGGUAGUACAGGAACGAGGUGAUGCGGUCACGACGAGAAAGUAACAAAGUACAACCAGUUUUGUACCAGAACAUCAACCAAUUACAGAUUCUACACACUGAGGAAAACGCCCAUGCCAUGGUAAUGAGUCGGCGAGAAUAUAUUUAUUAUUUAUUGUACAGUACAUUUUCAUCAGUAAGAGUUUCUUUUCUAUUUAUUGAGGAAGCAGAGCCCCCCAUCCCCCGGCACUGGUUGUGAAAGUCAGUGUUGCCAGUGUAUACGUACUCACACCAUGGAGGCUCCUUUUUUCUAGUUCAUAUGUAUAUGUAUUUAUGGUAUAUAUAUAUAUAUAUAUAUAUAUAUAUAUAUAUAUAUAUAUAUAUAUAUAUAUAUAUAUAUAUAUAUAUAUAUAUAUAUAUAUAUAUCAAGUUUUCUUGUGAAAAAAGGAAAAAGAUUUAUCUUGACCAGUUUGUAAAUUUUUACUGACCAUUAAUUUUCUGACAGUGCAAUUUUAUAUGACAUUUUGAAGGACCAGAUGAAUGGGAUGCUUUUAUAGUUUUAGCCCGUCUUUUCUCAGUUUGUGCACAAAUGUUCAAUAUUUGAACUACUUGAUCAUGCAAUGUUUUUACAGUUCACCAAAAUGGAAGGUUUUAAUUAAACAGUUUAUUUACCUUUGUGAUAUCAGCUCCUCUUAUACACAUUUUCCUGCCAAAUAAAAACCACAUAUGUGACUGUUAUCAAGAGGGAUACAGCAGUGCAUGGGCACUUUAUAAUUAUGAGAAAAGUCCAAAGGAGUCAGAUUAUUCUUAAUGUGAAUAGUGUGUGACCACUAAUGGUGUAAGUAUGUGUUUCAUAAUAUUGGUCUAUUUUUACCUGAUUGUAGUGAUGUCACACAGAGAGUUUAGUUUUAGCCUAGACAGAAGUGUAGUAAUGGUCUGUAUAUCUGCAACUUGCAAGUGGACUUGUUUUUUAUCAGAUAAAAAUGGUACAUAAUUGUAUGUAUACUUGUGAAUAGCAAAGUUUACCUAAUAUGGUUUCAGCAAAGACAACUUUUUCCUCAUUACUUAUUUUUUAUAGGAAACAUGGCAGAGUCUGAGCUGUUUUCUUUUUUAUACCUAUGAAAAAGUGGAAAAAAUUUGUAUUGCCUUUUGCAAUAUUUCUUGUACAGAAUGAGUCAACAGCACAGACUCGUGCCCGCCCCACCCUCGAGUUUUGUAGUAGAUUGUGUUUUGUCCAUUACUUUGAUUCAUGACCCAAAUUAAUUAUCCCUCUCAUCACACGAGUGGAGGGGGAGGGAGGGCUUUCCCCAACACCACCCAUCACCACCAUUGUCUCUUUAGUCCCUGCUCCCAUCAUUGGCUGUACAUGACAAGACACAACAUACAACAACAUUUCAAUAUUAAUUAAUGUCUCAACCCACCCACUCUACAACCACAACCAGCGACAUACAAACAAGCAUUCAUUCAAGCUGUGGGCGAUGCAGUCCACCGCCCAUACAGCACCCAGCCCCACACAUAUCAAAACAAGGCAUCACAUCGCUGCUGCUGAUGCCCCAACAUAUACUUUCUCGUUUGGCCCAUUGCCAACCACCUCUCGUCCCCUCCCCAGGCUGUACCUACGUUCGCAUCUGCCUCGGCGUUGCUCAUCACACUGGGUACAAGCAGGAGAGUGGAAACUUACCAUUAUAAUUAUUAUAUAUAUUAUUUUUAUGUUUCCGAUAAUACCACCGGCCUGUUUAGUCCCGUGUACUGAUGACGUUGGUAUAGCGAUCUAAGCCCGGCCCUGCCCCGUCCCGCCCCGCCCCGCCACUCCUCAUCAUUUUGAACCAAUGUCAGACACAAAGGAGUUCCAUUAGAAACAUUAAAUGAUCAGCAACAUG